GCGGGCUUUCAUUCUUUCUUCGUGGCGGGAAGGGAAACGAGAUGGGAAACGAGGUCGAGGAGGGAGAGUCGUUGAUCUCCGAGGUCGCCGAGAAGCCGGCCGAAAACCCUAACCCUAGAUCGGUGAAGACAAAAGUCCCGGAGGUGGAGGUCCACUUGUUCAGGAGCGGCAAAGGCCCUAUCGAUGUCUUCCGAUCGGGUCUCAGCGGCUGGGAACAGAACCAGCUCGAGGUCCAGGACAUCCUUGACAAGUAUGGAUUCAAAUCGUUGUACGCCUUCAAUACUUCGUCCGGCCGUGGCGUCCCGAUCCGGUUCAACGCUAGGAACGGCCGCUCGAUCCUCACUUACACUGAUGGAUCGGUGAUCUACGUUGAUGGUGAACCAAAGGAUUCUAUGGUGAAACCUGUCACGAAGAUUUUCAUUGGUGUGGCUGUGCUAACUCUUCUGAUAGCUGUGCUUGUGAAGGAAACUCCACAGUGGUUCAAGAAUUCAUGGUUUAAAAAUGCAAAGUUCCCUCCCUGGGUUCUUGCUUGUGCUGUCAUAGUUUUCACUCGAAUGAGGAAGAGAACCAAAGAUAUGUUGAAGAAAUUCGGUUGGUGAUUGAUCUUGUUGAGCCGUUUCUGUCUUGCAAUUUUAUUAAAAGCUUAUAUGCAAACUUACUCACAUAUUCACUGUGUGUGGAGCCAGACCCUGUUUUUUAUGUACAAGAGUGUUCUCUGAAAUAAACAAUUGCAAGAGAUUCAUUUUGUGCAUUCUGAA